UACUAAGAAUGGCAUGUUCACAAUCAGUCAGAAAAGGACAAAUUCCCGUUAGUUGUGGAUUAUGUGAAACUGAUAGACCCAUUAAAUGGAAAUGUUUAGACUGUGACCUUUUAUUGUGUAAUUAUUGUAAGGAAAAGGUACAUUUAAGAGUAAAAACAGCAAACAAUCAUAGAAUAAUUGAUUUAAAAGAUAUUGGACUAUAUAAGGAAGAACUUGACUUUACAAACAUUCCCUGUCAGUACCAUGCUAGACAAUACGCAUGUCUUUAUUGUAAGACAUGUGACACUUUAGUUUGUCCAACCUGUGUGUCAAAAGUUCACAAGAAACAUGAUCUUAUAGAUAUUCAGGAAGGAUAUGAUAUGAAAAAAGACAAGUUGGAAAAAGGACAAACUAAAAUUCAAAGGCAUAGAAGAGAAAUUGCUUCUCAAAAAGACCAGCUUAACAAACUUUUAUCGGCAGAAAGUACUAAAUACAACCAGGUUAAGGAAGAUGUUCUUGAGCAUAAAAAAUCUGUUAAAGCUGCAGUAGAAAGACAUUUUAAAGAACUCGGAGAUACAUUAGAUCAGAAUCACACCUCUCUUUCUAACACAAUCAAAUCUGAUUUAAAUGCAGUCUCAGUUUUACUAAAACAAGCUGACACUAAAAGCAGUGAAGUCCAGGAAUUCAUUGCAAUAACCGAUGUCUCCAAGUUCUUUACAGAAGUAAACAGUUUAGAAAACUCGAUUGACAUCCAAAUGCUACAACCAAUUUCUAGUUAUGGCUCUGUAUCAAACUUCAUUCCAGGAGAGAUAACUCAGUCUAAUAUUGGGGUGUUGGAAUUGGAUGAAAAUUCAUCUCAUGAACCCCAUUUUAAUCUAAAAAUAAGAAAACAAUAUCAAACUGAACUUAAAGCCGUAACAUAUGUAUGCCCCUCUGUUGAUCAGUCAUUCUGGAUAAGUUCUGGAGCUUUUGGUUUAUUUCAAAAUAUUAAACCUGAUGGAACCAAACUGAAGAUACUCUCCAGCUAUAACACCAAGGUUUCUGGUAUGGCUGUUACUCAAUCAAAUAAUCUACUUAUAUCUACAGGGGAAUCAAGAAUAAAACAAAUCAGUUGUAAUACAGGUACACUAACAGACUCAGUAUAUGAUGUGUCACCACUCCUUCUUGCAGCAGUUUAUAUUACUGGUGUCAAUAAAGUUCUAGUAGCAGGUGUUAAUAAAAAAUACCCUAAACAAGGGAGGAGGGUUGUAAUACUAAUGAAUAAGAAUGGAGACCAUGAAAGAGUGUAUGAACAUGACCAACAUAAACAACCUAUAUUAACCUGUCCAGGGAGAAUAACAAGUACAAUCAAUGGGAAUAUACAUGUGGUGGAUAAAAUAAGUGAUGACAGAUAUAGAGUAGUAGUGUUAGGACAGGGUGGUGAUAUAAUCAAUAUCUAUACCGGAGACAAAGUGAUCAACAAAGAGGUACCAUUCUCACCAGUAGGCAUAGUGACAACACCUAGAGACAAUGUUAUUAUAGCUGAUAUCAAUACUCAUACACUUCAUAUCCUGAACAAUACUGGUCUGCUGAUAACAUAUUAUAAAACAAGUGACAUAAACAUAAUGUUCCCUAUUUCUCUUGCAUUCUCUCCAACAGGACAACUCUAGAUAGGAUGUCAGAGACAACCGGGCAGUAGAUCCAAGGAGGCCAAGUUAUAUGAAGUGACCACAUCAGAAUGUUGAAAAAACAUUUACAGAACAUGUAUAGUAUACAAUUGAGAAUGGAAAUGGGGAAUGUGUCUAAGAGACAACAACCCGACCAUAGAUAAAAACAACAUCAGAAGGUCACCAACAGGUCUUCAAUGUAGCGAGAAAAUUCCGCACCCGGAGGCGUCCUUCAGCUGGCCCCUAAAAAUAUAUAUACUAGUUCAGUGAUGUUAAGUGUUGCCUUAUUCUCUGGUUUUCUCUCCAACAAAAUAACUCUACAAAGGAUAUAGUAGACCGUUAAACAGUACAGCUAAGGAUGUCAAGUUAUAUGAAGUGACUAUUUUAGGAUGUAAAACAUUCAUAGGGCAUCUAUAUUUCAAUACUAACAGUAAACGAGAGUAAAUUAUAUAUUUUCUGAUAGCACUUGUGUUGGAAAUUUGAUUAAUUUAUAUAUAAAAAAG